GGAUACAAAAAUUGAUUGGGAAAUGAAAAUGGAAAAUUAAAUGCAACAAAGAAGCGAUAAUGAUUAACUGACCAAAAUUUUCUAAAAUAAUAUAUUUAUAACUGAUCAGUACAUAAAUUUAAAUAACUAAUCACAUGCUAAAUUACAUGUUUGGUCACCAAAAGUACAUGAAUCUUUCACGUUUGCCACUUGAAUUACUUUUCUUUCUUACGCCACGAACUUUACGAAUCGUUUCACCUUUAGUCACCGACAGUCAAUUUCCGUUAAAUUUCGUUAACUCCGUCAGUUUUCUGAGUAAGUGGCAAACAGAACUGCUGACUGAACUGGUAACUUAAUGACAUGUCAAUUAAAUAAAAAUAAUAAUAAUAAUAAUAAUAAUAAUAAUAAUAAUAAUAACUAACAAGAAGGGAAGGUUAUUACUGUCCCUAACUCUCCCACAAAUAUGCUAUUUCCCCAAGCCAUUGGCAGCGAUGGAGCCUAGCAGAAGAAAAGUAAUCGGCUCCAGCUCUUCCCUCAACAAAGUAGAGACCGCUGAUCUCCUCAUCAAAUUAUUAUUUGCCUGCCGGAGACGUCCAAUACAAUCCUUCUGCAAGGGUCGGAACUCUGUAAUCUUUGCUCCUUAUUUCUCCCGUCGUCUGGCUUCUCACCACCGGAGCCUAUUUGCUGCCGCCAAUGAAUUCGAGAAGCCUGUACUGAUGCUUCCGGUGAAGAUCUUGGCAGCGGAAGGGGGAUCAGUAGUGGCGAUUUCUUGAUUGAAGGCUUUGUUUACAAAGGCUAGAUCGAUGGGGCUCCCGUCGUCUGGCUUCUCACCACCGGAGCCUAUUUGCUGCCGCCAAUGAAUCCGAGAAGCCUGUUCUGAUGCUUCCGGUGAAGAUCUUGGCAGCGGAAGGGGGAUCAGUAGUGGCGAUUUCUUGAUUGAAGGCUUUGUUUACAAAGGCUAGAUCGAUGGGGUUCCCUUCGUCGAUUUCGAAUCCGACGAACCACCUUCUACCUUUCCGCCGUCGCCGCAAGCCGCUUUCCCACCGUUUCCUGGCUUCCCUUCGUCGGCGCCGCCUCCGAUGAACCACCUUCCUUUUCUGCCCUUCGCCGUCACUGCUAGCCGCUUCCAGUUUCACAGAUCUAGAAUAACCCAGCAAAAAGAAGCCAUCGACAUGGGUUUUCAAUUUUGGGCUCCCACUAGAUUUCUCGAACCCUCUUUGUUUCUCUUUGCCCAGUUCUGUUCACGCCCAGAAAGCCAGCGACGGAGAGUGGAUUGAAGAAGUCGCGGAGCCGUUACUCUUGUUGGUGUCAACGACCCUGAAGAGGGAGAUCUGAGAGUCGGCAUUGAAGGUUUUUCGUCUUCCUCUUCCUCGUCGUCAUCCUCGACUUCUCCAUCCUCUAAUUCUCAAUAAUUCGUCGCCUUCAUCUCAAUUCUCUGCUUCUUCUUUGUCCACAUCGGCUCCGCCACUCCGUAAUUUGGCAUCCAUUUGUUCUUGUACGUCUCCGAGAAGUUGGGUGCAGGGAAGGGUUCCGAUCAGCGAGAUUUGGGAGAUAAUCUUGUUUUGAACGAGGAAGAAAGACAGAAUGGUUAGCUCUGGCCGGUGCUAAUUAUUAAUUUAUUUUUAAAUUACAUGUCAUUAAGUUAACGGUCUAGUCAGCAUUUAUGUUCGCCACAUCAUCAAAAAAUUGACGGAGUUAACAGAGAUUGACGGGCGAUGACUAGGGGUGUUCAAACGGUGUGGUUACCAUGGUAACCGUUUUAACCAAUACUAUUUGGAUAAUUGGUUUGGUAAAUUUGGAUAAUUGGUUUUGUUUGGUUAAAGUUUUUAGCUUGUUUGGUUUGGUUUCAGACACUCCUAACCAGUCAAACCAAAUUAACCAGAUAAAUAAUUAGUCAUAUAUCUAAUAUAUACACAUACUUAAUACUUUGAAUUACCACUCAAGAGUUAAACGUUCAUCCCUUUUAGACUCAUAAAAUAUAAAGCUUGAUACUGUUCCUAUAAUGUAUAUUUGUAUAUGUAGAGUGUAGACCACAACAGAUAGGGGUGUUCUCACUUAUUGAUAAUGUGAUUUUAUAUUGGUUAAUCUGGUUAACCAAUUAACCAAACCAAUUAAACUUUAAUUUGGUUAAUUUGGUUAUUGUAUUAGUUUAGACGGUUUGGUUAUGAUAUUGUAUUCCAUGGUUAAUGAAAUUUAGCCUUAUUU